GAGAGAGAGAGAGAGAGAACUGAAUAUUAUAUAUAUUAUUAAUCAAAUUCAUUAGGGAAAGGGGUGGGAAGUAGGAACACAAUCACAAAACAAAAGAGAAGAAACCCAAUCUUUGACUCUGCGUCUUUUCAGUUUCUCUUUCACUUAUUUCGAUUUUAAGUGAUUCUCAUUUUUAUGGCUCUUGCAUUGAAGUCAAGUUGCUUCUUGCAAUUGAAGAAGCCUGAGGUUGGUUUCCAGGUUUGUUUUUCCUCCAAGAGAGCUAUAAUCUCUGUGAAAAGAUACACUCCAAUGGCUGCUAUCCGGACCAUGCAACCAGUGGGACUCUCUGAAACAUUCAACAGACUGAAGAAAGACGGGAAAGUGGCUUUCAUCCCAUAUAUCACAGCUGGUGAUCCUGACCUUUCAACCACAGCAGAAGCGCUGAAAGUGCUUGAUUCAUGUGGGUCUGACAUAAUUGAGCUAGGUGUUCCAUACUCUGAUCCUUUGGCAGAUGGUCCUGUUAUCCAGGCUGCUGCUACAAGGUCAUUAGCAAAGGGGACCAAUCUUAAUGCAAUUCUUUCUAUGUUGAAAGAGGUUGUUCCACAAUUGUCAUGUCCAAUUGCACUGUUUACAUAUUACAAUCCAAUACUGAAGCGUGGUACUGAGAGAUUUAUGGCCACCAUAAGAGACAGUGGCGUACAUGGGCUUGUAGUCCCAGAUGUCCCUCUGGAGGAGACAGAAACUUUAAGGACAGAAGCUAAGAAACAUGGAAUUGAACUGGUACUCCUCACAACACCAACAACUCCAACAGACCGAAUGAAAGCCAUCGUUGAUGCAGCAGAAGGAUUUGUGUAUCUUGUGAGCUCAGUGGGGGUCACUGGUGCCCGAGCAUCAGUUAGUGCUUCUGUUGAGUCUCUUCUGCGGGAAAUUAAAGAGGCAACAACUAAACCUGUGGCAGUUGGCUUUGGAAUAUCCAAACCUGAGCAUGUGAAACAGGUAGCAGGAUGGGGAGCUGAUGGUGUGAUUGUUGGCAGUGCUAUGGUGAAGUUGCUUGGUGAAGCCAAAUCUCCUCAAGAGGGGUUGAAAGAACUCGAAGAUUUUACCCGCUCAUUAAAGGCGGCACUUCCUUGAAAAUAAGCUAUUAGAACUCGAACUUACUGAUUUUGGAAUGAAUAAGAAUAUGUCGUUCAAUUUUAUUUUAUGUUUAUGAUAUAGUUUUAAUUUCUUAGUUACUGAAAUAAAUGUCCAAUGUGGACAAAUUUCGUUCAAUUUUAUUUGUUCUAGCUCACUUAGAGCGUUUUUGUGAUAAUUUUGAAUAAAUUUCGUUCAUUCAC